UAUUCAGAGGACACAGUCCUCUGAACCGUCCUGGGUUCGAUUCCCCCAACAUGGAACCUUUGCUAAUCCGUAAAGAAAAAAAUUGUGUUAGCAUUUGCUAUGAAAUUGUGCAGCUUCACUUCCUGUUUAGAUCAUUGUGAACACUGCCAACUUCAGAGAACGGUGACUUGGGUUUUUCACAGAGGUUUCCGUUUCCUCUACACGGCGUUAAAGACCAGAGCGUAGAUCUGACAGUGAACAGCGCCUCCCACAGCCACUGAGCGUCUGGUGAACGUCGAUCAACAUGCUAUAUACAUCAGCGAAACUCUAACGUGAAGGUCACGUGGCAAGACAUCAGCUGAUAACGGGAAAUCCCGACAUUUGUCACCUUUAACUCUCCAAGAGACACAGUGGGGGGGUUCCCUUAAUCAAAAAUCGAUUGAUAAAAAUAAUAUAAUGUCCUGUUUUAAACAAUAAAUGUUCAUAGUUGGGUAUUCAAGUUAUAUCUGGCUAGUCUAUAUGCCAGGUAUAACUUGUACUUAUGUAUUUUUGGAAUGCAAAAGUACAUAAUGCUGUUUUUUAUGUACAUAAAUAAAAGUGUAAAUUAAUAGAUCUCAAAAUGCGUUUUAAAGAAUCUCUGUUUAAUAUAGAUAAGUCCAGAUCAAGUCUUUCCUGCCUGUAGUUUCACACACCAAUAUGGGUGUGAUAAGCUAAAAGAUGGGGCUAAGGGAGGUGACGAUAAGCAAGGAAAGUUACAAUGAAUUCUAACGUGGUUUAAAAAGUUUUUAAUGUAUUCAAGCUGCAGGAACAAAAAUGACUAGUGUUAAUGUACAACAAAGUGUUUUUCUCAGUAAAAAAAACCUGUUGAGACCCUUUUCUGGUUUUCCCAUGUCCUGGAUGGCUGAGAACCUGGUAGGUGAAUUUCUGGGAAGUAUCCUAACUUCAAUUUAACGCUCAAAGCACCAGGGAUUUUAUGGAAACAUAUUCAGAUUUGAAUGUGUGGUUUUAAAUGUUCUACGUUGAAGAAAUAAAGGCAUUCCUUCUUUCCCAGAAAAGUUCCAUAGUAAAUAAAUAUCGGGCAAAAUGGCAUCCAUGGGACUUUUCAAAAGUCAAAAACACAGCUGACCAAAGAGAACACGAGCACGUUACAUUUACCGAAAAGGCAUCUCAGUGUCCUUGAGGCCCCAGGGGAAAUUAUUCUGUGGCUUGACAGACCUCUGAUUCACUCAACAAGAAACAAAAAAAAAAGACUGUCUUGGAUUGGCCUAGUCAAAGUGUGAACUUAAAUCCAAUACUGGAUCAUGACCUUAAACGUGCCAUAAGUAAAAACAGUUUACUCAUGGCCCAAGAGCUGGAGGGGGGGGAAUCCUCCAGUGACGUAACAGACUUGUCAUCAGUAAAAACAAGCGCUGGAUAAGCCGGUUUUCUUGCCAUGAAAAGGCCUCUGAACGUAGGAGAUUCUGAUUCAUUUAAAUCCUCACCUUCACAUUUCACACUAAUGUCCGCUAGAUGGCAGUGCUGUUCAGGUUUUGAACUCAGCUGAACUGUGUUCUUCAGUGUAUUUUGAGACGAAAUACUUAGCGGUAUAAAUUUAGUAAACACUUGCAGACAGAUUCAGUCAGGAACUGUUCACGCGUAUCUACGUUCACAAUAUCUAUUUGUAUUUUUGUAAGAUUGUUGUAAUCCCACACUAAUUGCUAGGGUUGUAAAAUAACACACGGAUGAGUAUCUUGGAGCGUACCAAGAAACCAUUACUGUUACUACCGAGUUUCUUGUAAAUAUGAUUUCCGUAGUUCUUUUAAUUUAAGCAGAAAAUAUGAUGGCAUAUUUUCUGCUUAAAUUUUAUAUUGUGCUAUAUUAAAGUGUACUUCUUCUUAGUAUAAUAUAUUAUUUCCAUCAUUCCUACAUUAAAUAUCAGCACUUUAAAUAAUAUUUACAGAAACAAACAGAAAAAACUAAAUGCAUUGUACUGGUAGUACUAAUAAUAUAAAAUAACGUUAAURAUAAUAAUAGUUUGUUGCGAUAAAAUGUAUGUUUUCUGCUUUACAUGUCCACCAGAGCAGAUGGGAAGCCCAAAUACCUGAGGUGUCCAUCAGUCAGUGAAUGCAGCACAGACUGCCUGAAGUUUCCGACACUGAAAGGUGUGUUGAUGUCAGAGCGCUGGCCGUUUAAAAGCCUUGUUUUAGAUGACUUCGGACAGCAUCCUCCAGCGCUCAGGUCAUAGCAAAACCAAACCAAACCAAACUGUAGAUACAACUGUGCGCAUACUUUACAUACCUGUAGUAUAGAAUCAGUUACGGGAAAACAACAGUUUAAAAAUAGUAUAAAACGAGCAAAACCUCUCCAAAACACCAGCAGUAAAAUUUAGAGAGUUUUCGGAAUGAUCUCCUCGACUUUACUCCUUGCGACGCUGUGCGUUUGUGCGCAGUUGGACACUUUGGACACUUUUACGCACGGCUGCCAGUUGCCCUCCGAGUGGCGGCCGCUGAGCGAGGGCUGCCGGGCGGAGCUGGCGGAGAUCAUCGUGUACGCUCGGGUCCUGGGGAUCCACCGGGAGCCGCCGGGCUUCGGAGCGGGCAACGCGCACAACUCGCUGCCACUCGGCUACGGCUACCUGAGCGCGGAGGAAGGGCUGCUGUACUCGGCGGAGGUGGAGCUGCUGUGCGACCAGGCCUGGGGCAGCAUGCUGGAGGUGCCGUCCGGAUCCAGGCUCAACCUGACCGGGCUGGGGUACCUGUCCUGCCAGUCCCACACCGUGAUGGAAAAUUACUCCUACUUCUUCUUCCUCAGGAUGGAUGAGAACUACAGCAUCCUGCCUCAUGGUGUGAACUUCCAGGAUGCAGUCUUCCCUGACACGGUGGAGAACAGGCGCACCUUCUCCAGCCUUUUCCAGUUUUCCAACUGCAGUCAAGGGAGCCAACCGUUCCACACCUUCAGCCCAGAGUGGGAGACCCAGGAGGACAGCAGGCUGCUGUGCUCCUCGGUGCAGCUGGCUCUGUUCGAGGAGGAGGAGCGGGGCCGGAAGCUGCAGGAGCGCCUGGCCGCAGCUGAGAGGAGGAACCGGCAGCUGAAGGAGCGCGUUGGCAAGGUGAAGCGCUCCCUGAGAAACGCCCGCAAGGCCGCACGCAAAGCAGAGCAGGAGGCACGGGAGCUGCAGGAGAAACUGAGGGCAGCGGAGAGGCAGGCGGGGCGUCACCUCAACGCAGUGACGCAGGAAGAGCCGUCACUGGGGGCCUUCACAGGUGCAGCAAUACGGGAGAGGAUGCAGUUUUGAUUUUUCUUUUUUCUUAUCUUCUAAAUGGACCUAAAAUUGGCUGUGGAGAUGGAGAGACUGCGGGACAGUCUUUCUGCAAGGGACUAAUACCUUUUAUGAGUGAAUACUCCAAAUGUUAAAGUAUUCAUCCAGAUCAUUUUCUUGUAAAUAAAUUUCAAACUUCACGACUCA